AUGUUACUUCCGGGCAAGCCCAAGCCGAGGGAAAGUGGAAAUACACAAAGCCUAAGUGCUCAUUUUCUACCACUACAAGGAGGGGAUUUGCCUCACAUGCUGCCAAGCAUGUUCGAGAAGAGAGGUCUGCCAGCCGCCUCACUCUCCAAGUCCCUGCUCAUGGAAGACGGGUACAUAACCCAGGUGCCCCACGCGUUACCAUCCACAUCCAGCCGACGAAUGAUGUCAGCAACCACCCGGACCCCAUUAAAGAAAGGGAACAGCCCACGCCUCACCGCUCCGCCCCGACAUGAGAUCGACGGACCACCGCAUGGAGCGCCACAGCAGCCGCAUCCAGAUGCUCACGGCACGUCUCAGCAGCAUGCCAUCCCAAUGAAGCGGAGGAGUUCCACCCCCAUCCAGGACCGGAGGUCUCCCCUUGGCUCCCCCCAAAGUAACGCAUCUCCGGCGGGUUCACCGUCCUCAGUCAUCGCUUCUCCCUUUAACUUGGACAUGAACGUUGACCAGCAGACCCCCGACCAGGAUGGAAUGUCCCCGUCGAGCCAGGUACACGUAGACGAUGGAGCGCAUUUCCCCGCUACAACGCAUCCACACGGCCGCCAGGACGAUCCUACCGAGCCCAGCCCCUCCCCCAUCGGGCACUUCCGAGAGCCACUACGAGAUCUAGGGCAGGACGGUGCGGACCCGGACAACCUGCACAGACUAGAUGCCGUUAUGGAUGACUUCACCUCCACUAUUCAACACCACUUGAGUAUAAAGAUGCCGAGCAGCGGCGCCCGGACCGAGAGGAACCCCCCCAACGCGGAAGAUGCUGCCACAAUGCAUAGACUGUACCGGGGGAACCGACGGAGGACGCUGCGCCUCAUCACCAAAGAGGAGGCCCCGAGAUGCUGCGUCACAGCUGAGGACGUAUUCCUGCACUUCAGCACGACAUGGACUGCGAAAGCAUACGACCCACAGUAUUUCGAUGCUGACUCCAGCCUUGAUGAUGACCCCCUCGGCACCUCUUUUUCCGCAGCGGAAGUGGCUUUGGCACGCAGAAAGGCCGAGAACUCUGCCCCAGGCCCGGACAGAAUCACAUACAAACAUCUGAAGGAAGUAGACCCCGAAGGAAUCACCCUUGCUACCCUCUUCAAUGCGUGCAGGCGACUCAGGAGAACCACCACAGCGUGGAAGACCUCGGCAACGAUCCUCCUUCCUAAAGACGGCGACCCAGCUGACAUCACCAACUGGCGCCCCAUCACCUUGUGCUCCACCAUGUACAAGUUGUUUGCGAAAUGCUCAGCCGCUCGACUGUACGCUUGGUGUGAGAGGAAUGAUAUCAUCUCCCACGCACAGAAAGGAUUCCUCCCACACGAUGGUGUCAUGGAGCAUAGCUUCCUGCUCCAGCACCGCCUCGAGUGGACAAGGAAGAACCGUGCCGAGUCCUGCCUAGCCUGGCUGGACUUAUCCAAUGCAUUCGGAUCUGUCCCGCAUGGAGCCAUCUUGCACGCCCUGCGAUCUGCAUGGGCUGGCAGGCUCAUGACUGACCUGGUUGCCGACUUGUAUUCCGAGACGAUGACGAACGUGCUGACAGAUGAGGGCCCAACACCGGACAUCCCAAUCGCUGCAGGAGUGAAGCAGGGAUGCCCCCUCAGUGGCAUACUAUUUAACCUCGUCAUCGAUGCGGCCAUCUGA